CUCCCAACAAUUUAGUCGUCGACGGACUUCGACGAUCUUAUUAACAGCCGAGUCUACACUGACAGGCAAUUGUCCGCGGACACGUGAAGCAGCCGAUCAGUGGCAGACAAAAUUCAACUGCAGGAACAGUUCGCGUAUAAAAGCUACGUCCACACUGGCGGAUAAUUGUCGACAAGCAUACGUCAUCCGGAGAAAAGUCUCGAAUGACACGACGCGGUAUUUGCGUGUCGAAAGUGAAAAUAUUUUUUAUCAGAGAAAGUGAAAAAAUUUUUUUAUCGGAGAAGUUUUCUUAUUUACUUGUGUGAUGUUGCAGAUAUUGUGACAUACACGUACAUAUACAGUUACCGACAUAUGUAUAUGCUAAUUCGAACUUCGAUGGUACACAGCGAAACCAGUGACGAAGGUUAGGAAUGAGUUCGUGCAAAGGAUACGAACAGCCGAUUCUCGCAGACGAAGAAGAAUACGAACAAAUGAUCCCACGGUAAUUUCAAUGAGCAUCAAAAUUAAAGUCCAAAGAGGGAGACAGGGAUUCAACGAGAUUCGUCGGUGUCCAUGGAGAUUCGCUAAUCUUAGAAACUAAGAGGACGAAAUGGCGAGAGUCUGUUGUUGCGAUCGUUAUGCAAAUGAUAUCGACGCUAAAUGUGUCGAAGCCAACGAUGAUUGAGAAGGCAACGUGUGCCGGCUGAACGAUAUAUCAGAUGAACAAACUGCCGACAAUUGGAUCGCCGUCAAGCAUCACAUAGUCAUUCCAUCGAAUUCAAUUUGACGAUAUCGCAGAACCGAAACAUGGCUACCCUGGUAAUUGCGGAUUACGCGGUGAUCGCAAUUACGAUGCUCAUUAGUUCAGGAAUUGGUGUGUAUUACUGGCUCACCGGAGGGAAACAGAAAUCAACGGAGGAGUAUUUCAUGGCGGACAGAUCGAUGGGAGUGGCACCAGUCGCAAUAGGUUUAAUGGUUUCGUACCUAUCUGCGGUUAGUUUGUUGGGAGUAAGCUCAGAAAAUUACGUGUAUGGUACUCAGUACGCUGUGAUCAACAUUUCUUACGGGCUUGCUACUCCCUUCGUCGCUUACUUAUACAUGCCGGUAUUUUUCAAACUUGGCAAUGCCAGCGCCUUUGAGUAUUUGUACAAACGUUUUGGUAAAGCGGCGAGGCUGGCAGGAAGCUUCGCUUUUAUACUUCAGCUGCUUCUGUACAGCGGUGUAGUGCUGUACGCACCCGCGCUUGCUCUAGAAGCUACCACAGGUAUCUCGACAACUGCAAGCGUAAUCGGCAUGGGAUUAGUCUGCACGUUUUAUUCGACGAUAGGCGGUAUCAAGGCAGUCCUCGUUACUGACAUAUUUCAGAGUCUUUUGAUGCUGAUAGCCGUUAUCUUGGUGAUCGUUACAGCAGCCGUGAAUGUCGGAGGUCUCGAUCAGAUAUGGGAGAUUGCUCGUCAAGGGUCGCGAAUAGAAUUCGAUAGCAUUUCAAUGGACCCAACGGUGCGACACACCUGGUGGAGCUUGACAUUUGGAGGUUUCUUCACCUACCUUUCCUUGUACGGCACCAACCAAGUUCAAGUUCAGAGAAUGCUAACCAUCAAAAACGUGAAGGACGCGCAAACUGCCAUUUGGUGGAGUUGGCCAUUGUCUUCGCUGAUGUCUUUGGGCCUAUGCUUUGCCGGUUUGGCGAUAUAUACCAAGUAUCGUGAUUGCGACCCCCUUCAGGCCGGAAGAAUCAACUCGUACGAUCAAUUAAUGCCGCUUUACGUGAUGGACAUGCUCUCCGAGUAUCCAGGUGUGCCAGGACUUUUUAUAGCCGGCAUCUUCAGCGCUGGACUCAGCACCAUCUCCGCCACGGUGAAUUCCCUAGCCGCCGUUAUGCUCGAAGAUUUUAUCAAACCCGUAUAUCGUUUUCGGGGCAAGGAGAUUACCGCAACCGGAUCGAUCAUAGUCAGCAAGAUUCUGGCUUUUAUAGUCGGUAUCGCUUGCAUAGGAUUGGCAUUUAUGGGUCGAUUUCUUGGCGGGCUUCUUCAGGCUGCUUUGACGAUUUUCGGCGUGGUCGGUGGUCCUGUGUUCGGCAUGUUCACUUUGGGCAUGUUCACGCGGUUGGGAAAUCAGAAAGGAGCCAUCAUCGGCCUCUUGACUAGCCUCGUUUUCUCUUUAUGGAUCGGUUUCGGUCAGCCAAAGCCACCGAUUCCAAACAAAGUGAACGUCACCGCCUUAAACUGUAGCUACGCCGAUGCAUAUUACGAUUACGAGAAAUCGUCGAAUUUGCAUUUCGAAUACCAGCAAAAUAACAAUGACUCGUACUUCUACCUCUACCGUAUUUCCUACAUGUGGUACUGUCCACUAGGAAGUUUGAUCAGUUUCGUAGUAGGAUGGAUUUCCAGUUGGAUUUUGAAUUCAAUUCCGCGUAAAGAAUCCAAGAAUACGCAGCCAGAACUUUUCACACCGACUUAGUCAACACGACCAUACAGAGAAGAAUCGAGAAAUUCGAAUGAAUUUCAAAGCACAGUAGCACCGCGUACGUACGCUGAUUCGCGUAACGAGUGACGCAACAGACAUCUAAGAACGAACUUGUUCACAUACAUACAUACAUUCAUACAUACACACAUAAUUUUACGAUAACGAAUAACCACUAUCGUCUUCUAAAUAUCCUACGAUUUCCACCGGCGCUCGAGUUACCAUUAAUCGGUUGCAUUAUACAAUUUUUAAACGGACGAUCGCUCCUUAGAAGAUACUGCCUCGUCAUCCUAUAAUUUCCAACAUCGUCAUGAACAACGUGUGUCUCUGGUAUUUCUGCGAUUAAAAAUUACACGUCUCCUCGUGCAAGAAAACAGAGCUAACUUAUCGAUCGUUUAUUUGCAACGCGCUAUGGCUCGCGCGAGUCUCGCGAAUGGCCUUCACCUAAAAACAACGGAAACAAAGCCCAAAUCCGUGCAACAAGGUAUCUGUCUUAUCUCGACAAAAAUCUGAUCGAUUAAAGGAAAGAUCGGUUAAAUCGCGGCAGCGGAUAACUGAAAGCCUAUCGUAUUUUGAAAAAAAACAAGAAACAAAAAAUAGAACAUGUUAAGUAGAAUAUCUUAACUAACGAAAAGCUAGGUGCCAUUCGAAAAAGUAUGUAGAAGAUCCGUCGGAGAGAUAGUUCGGACGAAAUCGCGGUCGAUACAACACGUACUCGGUUUCCUUUCGGAAUUCCGAUUAUCGUCACGAGGCGUCAACCUCUUCUCCUUCUCUGCAAUGAGGAGUAGACGUAAACACUACUCGAACCACGGGUGUGCUGAACGUUUACCGAAACGUUCGCAAAUCACGAUGGAAUGCCGUCAGACUAGUGUUCCCGUGCGCGGCACACGGUGACAUACAGAACGAAGCAACGACCCGUGCACUGUGCAGCGCUUACGUAAGGAAAUAACGCCGUAUCGAGAGAGACAGAGGGGAAUGGAGGGAAGGGGAGCAAGAGAGAGAGAGAGAGAGAGAGAAGAGAGACCGAAUGGACCACCUCGUGCUUCGUUUCGUCUAUAUACUAAAGCCGCGUAUUCAACGUGGUCACGUAGUACGCUUGCAAAUGUUUGUGAGCUUUUUGAAAUGUUAAUGGGCGAGCGUGCGUGACAAACGUUUGUCAACCACUUCUACUAAACAAACGUUAGCAAACAAGGGCUUGUUUAUGAGCACCUGUCGCUUACGCAUCGGUACCGCCAGUUUUUAACUUCAAGCGUACGGAGGUCGCGGUUAUCGAUGUGCUCUGAAACACAGAACGCACCGAAUCGAGAAAUCAGAGCGGUGUGAAUCAGUUCAUUCCCAAUUUUCGUAAAAUAGCGUUUGGUGUUUAUUGUUAUAAAAGAUUGACUAUACUUUAUGGAGUCGUGAAAACGUAUCGUGGCAGAUAAUAAAGCUAUAACUUAAAAUACA